UAUCAAAUUGCCAUUGCAUUUUUUUUAAAUCUGUGUUCAAUCUGGACAAUUGAUCUUGGCGAGAUCAAUAGCUAUCAUUCAACCUCAUGUUUCACCUGGACACAUCCACCGCAUUUUAUCUCUAACCUAACUAUCGAUCUGCAAGAUCUAAUGGAUAGGAAAUCAAGUAAAAAAGGAGCGGGGUCAUUUCCAUAAAUAUUACAAACUUUUGAAGUUUGUAAUAUUUAUGAAAAUGAUCCCAUCCUUUUUUUUCUUUAUUUAUGGAGUUAAUAAAAGCAUAUACUGCCUCCUGUCAUAGUGUAACCAUUUGAUGAGGAUAUAGGAUUCUCUAGAUAAAAAAUGCUUCAUUAUAGGUAAGCUUUAAUCUUGUCCAUUUUGAUUGUCUAUACAGUGAACCAUAUGUAUAGGUAGCACAUAUGAAUGCAAGUCUGCUAUAAGAUGUCAUCGCUAAGAUGUAUUGGUGGUUUGCCACUACAUUCUACUUCAAGUUUGCUACUGAGAUGUCAAGACCAAGUUGUAUUGGUGGUGAGCCACUGCUGUCUACUGGACUAUUUUUGAGAAUGAACUCUUAACAUACACAUAUAUCUAUGGAGGCAAUGAUGGGGCCAGAGAAGUUCACAGUGCCCCAUGUGUUGGCAAGCUCUUAGCUUAAAAGACCCCAACAGCCAGGAAUUGUUUGAUGCAGUGGAACAUGAGAGGAAUAUCAGGAUGCAUCCUCCCAGAAACACCGCACAUUUUCACCAUCCAAACUUGGGGGAAUUUGAAUUGCAGCAUUUACCAGUUAGUGCAACUGAUUCUGAGCUUGAAGAACGUAUUAUUCAGCACUUAGCAGCUGCUGCUGCAAUGGGAAGGGCACGGCACCUUGCCAGGAGGGAAGGUCAGAGGGGUAGGCCAUCAGCCCAAGGUCGUCCCCAUUUUCUGGUAUUUUCAACUAAUCCAAAUGCACCUGCUGUGGUUGCUGCUUCUCCUCCUCCAACUCAGAGGAGUGGAGGUGAACCCGCUUCUGUCGUGGCUGCUGGUCCUACAUCAUCAAUUAUUGCAUUUGGAGAAGGUUCUGCACAGUUGAUUGCACCGGCAGCAUCUAUCCAAUCUGGUUGGGUUUCUUCACCUGGAUCGGGAUCCAGUGGUGGUGUUACUCAACCUGGAUCAUCAUCAAAUAACCGGAGAUCUCCUCAGUCUUCUCCUAGUAACCAAGACAGAGCCGGACCAUCUGAUUUUCAGUCUUUCUCUGAAUCCUUAAAAUCUCGCUUUAGUGCAAUGUCAACGAGAUACAAAGAGUCUAUCACCAAGAGCACUAGAGGUUGGAAAGAGAGAUUAUUUUCUCGGAAUAAUACUACAGUGGAUCAUGGUUCUGAAUCUAGGAAUGCAGUUAGUGCCGAUAUUGCUGCUGUAUCACGCUUGAUGGAGCAUCUUGAGACUACAGAGACUAGUAGGACCCCGCUUUUUCACGAGCCAAAUAGAUUAGAGGAGAAUUUGCCACCGGAUCAUCGUACAGAGCAACAAAUCUCUGGGAUUGACAGUAAUCUUCCUUUGGCGGAGGGCAAUAGGCAAGCUCCAUGUGCUACUACCUCUGCUUUCAACUGAGUUUCAAUUCGGCGUUAUUAAAUUACAAAAUUGUCUCCUUAAACGGAUAACCUCUGAGAACAGCGGUGUAUUGUUGCAUGGAAUACGUUCUGUGGUUUUGCCCUCUCAUCUGGCCUUAUGAUAACCUGCGGAACGAGUUGCUUAUUGUAGCCUUUCUCCUAUAAAAUAGGAUAGGAUGAUUAAGUUUAUUUAGUAUGAACUUUGAACUGUCAUGUAUAAAAUAUGUAAAUUGGUCUAUAUGUUGAAUUAUUCUUUGAAAUAUAUCUAAAUUUUCAUUC